AAUAUGCAAAACGUAAUACUACAAUAACCAGUUUAUAUACUUUCAAUGCUAUUCUGGCAUCACUCGCAUGAGACCGUUCCUCCCACGUCUCCCCACACGAGCUUCUGACACCAGUGUUUUUCGCGCGCUUUUCGCAAACACAUGCCUUGGACGGCUCUGCAGUGAACAGUGCAAAAUUGCUUUCAGCAUUCAAUUCGUUUUCAAAAUAUUGUGCAAUUUUUUUAUCGCAAUAAAAUACGAAUGUUUGCCUCAAAAUGUCAGUUAUUUUAACGGUUCUCGUUUUUAGUUUAAUUGGAACACUGCGAGCCCGCCAGCCUGACAUAGACCUCAACAGAAUAAAACUUAUACCGAAAGAAGGAACUCACACGCGUCCAACAAAUUAUCACAGUCGUCGUUCAAUAAUAACUGAUCACUUCCGGAGAAAUGAUUAUGACCAUCAUAGCCGCCGGGUCACCAAGCUACGGCCGCCGCUGUACGCUAUGCACGAUACCCCAUCACUUACCGAAGCGAAGACGGGCCGCGUGUACCAGCCCAAAGAAGACCCGCGCCUCUUCUAUCAAUCUGCUGCAUAUAUUGAAGAAACUAAUAGGAAGAACCUAAACAAUGAAGUCUCUUCCAUUUACCUAGGACGCGGAGUAGUGCGUGCCAGCGAACAAAACCGAAGAUCGUUGCCAAUUCGUUUAGGAGAUAAUGAGCUUAACAGCAUCAGUGAAGAUGUUUGCGUUCGAUGCCCUCAUGACAGAACAUUAAUAACGAAGGCUGGGGUUGAUCGAGCACUACUACAGUACCCUCGCAUCUUAUCGUGUUCAGGAAGAAAGGCUCCCAGGAGCGUGAGAUUUGUCCACAUGUACGGCCCUAAAUUUGGUUCUUUACUCAAAGAGGGUUCACACUUAAUCAUCGGUCGUAUAACACAUGAAAACGAAAUUCUCCAAACAUGCAAAAUGCAAAUACACGUUUUGGUACAGUCCUGUUCCGUACCGAAAUAUUUGGUAUCUCAUUGUGGAGCUGAGAAUAAAACGUGUGCAUUCUCAUGUCGUGACCCUAAAUCUGAAUUGCGAGGUCAUAAAUCUCUGACGUGCGGAGAUGACAUGAGAUGGUCAGGACAUCUGCCUGUUUGUCAUGCUCGUACGUGGUGCCAGCACCCACCAGCUCCAGAGCAUGGCAGGGUAAGCUGCAAAGGAGUGACGUCAUCGAACAACUUGGGACUCAGUGAAGGUUCCAGCUGUCGUGUGAGAUGUGCCCGGGGCUUUCGUUGGAGUACCCGUCCUGUCAGUCUGUGUCGCCGUGGCGCUUGGACUAACGAACUAAACUGUCUGCCUAAACGCACCAAAUAGGUUGUUUAAGAAAAGAUUUUGUACAUAUUCAGGUUUUGCCUAAUCUAUUUUUAAGUCUCUAACCAUUGUAUUCUUUAUCAAUUGUGUAUCAAUGUAUUAUUGAGUAUUUUAAAAUCAGUUCUAUAACGAAAACAUUUCAAGUUAAAGUAUAAUAACUAAAAAGCCCUAUUCUUAAUAUUUUAUUUUAUAUCUAGUAUUAUGACAUUUAACUAAGGAAAAUAAACAACGCCAUGAAUACCUUACACUUUACAAUGAAUAAUGACAUCCCACUAAUAUAAUUGUAAACUCGAUA